ACGCGGAACUAAAACCCUGAAACAUCUCAGCUUUCCCUCCUUUAUGUCAUGAUGUGAUUUUUUAUUUGUUUUAAAAAUCCGAAGCUGCUGAACGUCUUUGCUCACAGAUGUCCGCUCCUGCCGACGAUUUGGUCAAGCUGUGGGAAAGUAAACAGACGCAGCUCAGACAGCAAGUGGUGGAGGAGGACACAGAGGACUGGCAGAAGAUCCCAGGUUUCUGCGGCCUGGAGAGAGUUGGUGGAGUGGACCUUUCCUUCAUUAAAGGGGAUGAUGUCAAUGCCUGUGCACAGCUUGUGGUUCUGAGCUACCCUGACCUGGAGGUUCUGUAUGAGGACAGUCAGAUGGUGGCACUGACAGCCCCCUACAUAGCUGGAUUUUUGGCUUUCAGAGAAACCCCUUUCCUCUUGGAUGCCCUGCAGAGGCUGGAAAGGAACCAGCCCCAACUUAUGCCUCAGGUGGUGUUUGUGGAUGGAAACGGCCUCUUUCACUACAGAGAGUUUGGUUUAGCGUGUCACCUGGGAGUGCUGUCAGGGCUGCCCUGUGUGGGUGUGGCUAAGAACCUGCUGCAGGUGGAUGGUGUGUAUAAGAAUGAAGAGCAUCAGACACAGGUGAGAGUCAUUGAUCAAACACAGUCUUUAAAAAAAGUCUGA